AAAGAAAAUAGAAGUAGUUAUUGAAUCACAUCUGGAAAUAAAAAAAUCCACGGGUUGGAUGUACACUUGACGCGUGUGUCGUGUGUUAAAGAAAUUAAACUAACGGCAACGUUUUAUAGUAAACGGUGCUAAAAAAAAAUGGUAAAGUUAUACGCGUUGUGUGUUCUACAUAAAAAGCCUACGUCGGCGACAACCGUGAAGGCUGCGUACGACGUAGAGUCGUUCUCGUUUUUCCAAAGAGGAAGCGUCAAAGAGUUUAUGGGCUUUGUAAGCAAGACGAUUGUAGAAAGGACUCAGCUGAGUUGCAGGCAGAGCGUGAAAGAAGGAGAUUACAUGUGUCACGUGUACGUGAGAGCGGACAAUCUAGCCGCGGUUCUUAUAUCGGAUCACGAAUACCCGAAAAGAGUGGCGCACACAUUGAUCACGAGAGUCAUGGACGAUUUCGCAGCCAGAUAUCCGAAUUCCACGUGGGAUACACUGAGCGAGGCCACGACCGAUUUCUCGCAGAUCAAUGUCUACCUAGCUAAAUAUCAGAAUCCUAAUGAAGCGGACGCUCUUACGAAAAUGCAAACCGAUUUAGACGAAACAAACAUCAUUUUGCGCAACACGCUCGAGGCUGCGCUUCAAAGAGGAGAGAAAUUGGACGAUCUCGUUUUGAAGUCGGAAGGUCUUAGUGCACAGUCGAAGGCCUUCUACAAAACUGCACGAAAAACUAAUUCCUGUUGCAGUUUGACCCCUUAAAAAAAGCUUCUCAUUAACAAAUCGUGCUGACUGUACUUCAGCGAAUAUAUAUGUCAUUUUUUUCUAAUGACGGCGCAAAGUGCAAAGAAUUAGUAUUAUACACGUGUCCUCGGUAACAGAAAUUAAUUAAACGAUGUUCUAAUUCUGUCGUGUGCAAAGUUAAAUAUUAAAUGUACAGAUUGUUUAUACAUAGGAUGUAUGGUUACACUUAAAUGUCAGACCACUGCCGGUUUUGCCCAGUUGAUUUUAAAGCAAAAAUAUGAACGGAUAACUAUUAUUCCUGAAGGUGUGCCGUCUUUCUGCAGGAAUGUAUGAUUGCGAAUUAAACAACAAGGUAAAUGGUUUACAGACCAAAAAUUCACAUUCCGAUUUCGUUUGGUUAAUCUCAAUUAACGUUUCCAAAAACGAGGUAUAGAGUUAAUUGAAAACACUUCGCUGUAAAAGUAUUUGUGCAAAUUUAUGAACAGUCAACUUCAUUUUGUUUCAAAGCGUAGUAUAUACUGUUUCCUUUAUCAUUUAAGUCGCAGCACGUUUCUUUUUUUCGUAUAUUUAACACCGAUGCACUUGAAACAUGAAAAGGUGAUGAUUUUUCUCACUAUCUUCUAUAA